AUGGAAGCUGCAUCCUCCCUUUGUUGUUCCCAUGCACUCCCACCACGUCUCUUUCCGGGAAACCCUCGACGGCGGCAAAAGAAGCUCCCCGGUGUGAUUCUAGCGUCGAAGAGAGAUGCCCAUGAUCGAGACUACGGCGGUCGAAUCGUGGAUGAAAGCAUGAUUGUUCUCAGAAAGAGAAUCCACGAAAUCGAGAUGAUUGAAGGGAAGAACGAAGCCCCGACUGACUGGAUGGAUUGGGAGAAGCGAUAUUACAACACUAAUUACUACUCCGACAUUUGUGAAGCCAUGGCGGUUUUCCAAUCCCAACUGAUGAAUACCAGACCAAGCCUGGCUUUGGGUAUGGUGGCUCUCAUUGCAUUCAGCCUACCCACAUCUGUGGGGUUUGUUUUAUUUCAUUUGGCGGAGAUAGCCAAAGGGACCAUCACAGGGGUUCAUCUUUAA